UUCUGAAUAUACUUAAAUGUACAUAUUCUUGAACUAAUACUAUAGUCAAAAAUCAAAAAUUAGAAAAGAGAUAAGUGGAAACAAGGAAUUUUUUUUAUGACAAAACGUGGAAUUGUCAUUUAAAAGUAUUGUAAAAUGACUCGUAUAAUAUUUUUGCAUCCAGAUCUUGGAAUUGGUGGAGCCGAAAGAUUAGUUGUUGAUGCUGCUUUAGCUUUAAAGAAAAAUGGUCACGAUGUUUCUUUCGUGACAACUCAUCAUGAUCCGGAUCACUGUUUUCUUGAAACAAAAGAUGGUACGAUUCCCGUUACAGUUGUUGGUAAUUGGCUACCAAGACAUAUUUUAGGCAAAUUUUUUGCAUUAUGUGCUUAUAUUCGAAUGGUAUAUGCUGCAACUUAUAUAUUAUUUUUAAAAAACCGUCCAGAAUUAGUAUUUUGUGAUUUAAUUUCAGUAUGUAUUCCUAUUCUUCGACUACGCAUUCCCCAUAUCAUAUUUUAUUGUCACCAUCCAGAUCAAUUACUUUCUAUGCCUGGAGGUUGUUGUAAAGCUUUAUAUCGUCUUCCUCUUAAUUAUUUAGAAAAAAUUACGACUGGAAUGGCUCAUAAAAUUUUUGUAAAUAGUAUAUAUACUCGUAAUGUAUUCAAAUCUACAUUUAAGAGUUUAUCUAUCGAACCAGAAGUUCUAUAUCCUUCCAUUAAUACAGACUUCUUUGAUAAAACAAGAAUAGUAGUAUUAGAAAGAGUAUUGAACAAAAAAUUGCCAGAUGAUAGCAUUAUACUUUUAUCUAUUAAUAGAUAUGAGAGAAAAAAAGAUUUAUCUCUUGCAAUAGAAACACUCGUCUAUUUGAAAGAUUCUUUAACAGAACAAGAAUAUAAACGAUUAUAUUUAAUUAUGGCCGGUGGAUACGAUAAACGAGUUGAAGAAAAUGUUGAAUAUUACUUGGAAUUAAUAGAACUUUCUGACGAAUUACGCCUUACAGAUAAAAUAAUUUUUUUACGUUCUCCAUCAGAUAUUUAUAAAGUUUCUCUUUUAAAACACUGUGAUAUUUUGAUAUACACACCACGCAAUGAACAUUUUGGUAUAGUUCCAUUAGAAGCUAUGUACAUUGGAAAACCUGUAAUUGCCCAUAAUUCUGGUGGUCCAAAGGAAUCAGUUAUUGACAAAGUUACUGGAUAUUUAGCUAAUGGUUCUAGCGAAGAAUUUGCUAAAAAGAUUAAAUUAUUAAUAAAAGAUCCAUCGCUUAUAGAAACGUUUGGUAAAGCUGGCAGAAAACGAUUUCUUGCAACAUUUAGUUUUACAGCAUUUAGUAAUCAGUUAAAUAAAGCAGUAGAUGAGCUAAUUAAUUUUAAGAAAGAUUAAUUUAAUUAACUAUUAUCUAGUACUUUUUUUUUUAUAAUACAUUAUUUAUUAUGCUUAUAAAAUAAAAUAUACAUAUAAUGCAUUUAUAAAAUAAGUGAACCAGUGUUUUAAUUUUUUGAGGCACUUAACUACAUCAAAUUAAAUCAAUUAAAUGAAAUGUUCUUACUAUUUUUAUAAUUAUAUUAAAAAUGAAUAUGAUACUUUAAAUUAUAGAUGAUAAGUUUCUAAAGAAGCUUAUGUAAAAAUUAUGUAUACUAUUUCUACAAAAGUGUGCAAAGGUUGUGAAAUAUUUAAUAUAAGAAAAGUUCAAUAAAUAAUCUAUACAUUGCACUUUUCUUCUUUAUGCUGUAUUUUACUUUGAUAAAGUAUAAUAAAAAAUUGUUAUCAGAAAAACUAUUAUGUAUGUAGAAUAUUUAAUGCAGGAAUGAAACCAAGUCUUACAAUUUAAUAAAAAAAAAAAAAUAUGUUAAAGUUAAAAUAAUGAA